AUGUCUUUGACCAAAUCGCGCAAGCAUCUUGAUGUUGUGAGUUUAAUUUAAAUUUAUGUUGUUCGAACAGUCUGUAAAACAUUAGAGAAUGUUUUCUGUUUUUUUUUCAUCAAAAGCUCAACUCCAGGUGCACCAUGGAAUAGUUUUGAUUUCUGACGGCACAGGAAGUUCAAGACCUUCACGUCUACUACUUUCAAAAGGUUUGAUAGGAGAUGAAAUAAAAAAAUAAGGCAGGAAAGAUUUUUCAUGACGAAAAAUAAUAGUUUUCAGAUGAACUCUGCAUCCAAGUUAUUGACGAUGGAACAGCUGAGCCAGAAGAUCAACAGAGGGAGCCAGUUCUUGAAAACGCUACACGCCAAGUUGUACUGACACGGAAACCUGGCUCCGGACUGGGUUUAUCUAUCAAGGUACAUUUUAUUAUGCCUACACACGAAUAAAAAGUUUUUUUUUCUAAUUUUUUGUCUUAGUAGGAAAACUCGAAAAAGAUAAAAAAUGGAAAGUUUUCAGGGUGGAACGGAAAAUUCUCAACAAAUGCCAAUUGUUAUUUCCAAGAUUUUUCCAGGAUUGCCAGGUUUUUAACUGUGAAAUAUACAAAUAUCACAAAAAAGUUUUGAGCUGACGAAUGCGGAGACUUAUUCGUUGGCGAUGCAAUCAUCGAAGUGAAUGGAGUUUCGAUAGAAGGACAGACACAUGAUGAAGUCGUACACAUGCUCAAAACUAGUGGAGAUGAAGUGGUCCUAGGAGUCCGACACUACACCCACAUCACUCCUUUUUUGAAGUUUGUUUCAGAACUUGUAGAAGUAUCAUGUAUAGAAAGUUAGGCCUGCUCAGUCUCUACAGCCCGACGGGUCAUCAAGAACCUUGGAUCAACUUUUUGACUCCAAAAGUUCAUACAGAGUAUUGAAUUGAAAAAAAGCAUAUCUUAUUUGCAAUUCAGACGAAGAAGUCGCACUCAGAAUUACUGCUUGCGGAAGGGAAAGAAAAGUGGCAAGUAGACGGAAAAGACAAAAAAUGGAAGACUUUAACGACAUUGCCGCUGGCUAUGGCUUACUUUACUCGAUAUCUUUGGGGAACCGAUAAUAUUAGGUAUUUCGGUUAUUUGAAAUAGAUAAGAAUUGAAUUCAGGACCAAUUCUUUCGAAGUUCGAGCUGUUGAUGGGAAAUCUUCUGGAAUUGUACAUUGUGAAGAUACGAAUGCUUUGGAACAAUGGAUAUCUCAUAUCAACAAACAUAUAUUGUCGUUGAAUCAGAAAAGUAUCAAGAUGAGCAACAAAUAUUUGCAUCAGAGUGAGCAGGUACGCGGGAUCAAAUGGGGGAUUAUGAAGCUCUUUAUCCUGCAUAUUCAAUCUCCGAGGCAAAUCCUUGUGUUUUCUUCUAAUUUUCUGAUAAUAUGAUUGGUAACGGACUCGCAGUGAUUGUUUUUCAGGAAAGAUGUUCACAAUGCAGAAAUCUUUUCAGAUAACUUAUAUUGGUUGGGUGAACGAAUACCUAAACGAUGACGAUUACGAGCUGACUAAACUUCGUUGGCAGCCUCGCUUUCUUAUUCUCAAAGGAAGUGACGUCUGUUUCUUUGACGCACCGCCUGUAAUUAGAAACAAAAAAACUAAUAGUUUGCAUCAAAAAUGUUAAGCUCAACUCUGAAGACCUCAACAAAUGCGUUUACUUGUACAAAUCUUACGACGUCGCUUUGAAAAUGGUUCGCAAAAGUUUUGAUAAUAAAAUUUUCAUUCCGCCCAGGUGCCAAACGACAAUCCUAAAAAGGACAAACGCGAGAAUUGCUUCUUGAUUGAAACAGCAAUAUCAUCUCCUCACCACUAUCUCUCUUUCGAAGCAUCUGGCACUUAUGAACUUUUUGAAAGCGCUUACAACCGUGCGGUAUACACAACGAUAAACGCCAUGCAGGUAAUCGAAAACUUCUUUGUUUUUUUUUUAACUGUUUAUUGCAUCUUCAAUGUAAGAGUACAUAUGCAAUCGACUUUCAUUGAUUUGACUGUGUUUAAACGGCGGCAGGAGCUGUGGCUUAGGCAGAGAAGUUGUGAAUUUCGCUCGUAGAACAUCAGGUACAAGAGAGGUCGUAGGAAGAGUUACGGUGCCGGCUUUCCAAAGGCCGAUGGCAGAGAUUUAGCCUUUUCGCUGCAUGCAGCUCCCAAUAUUAUCUACCCCAGAGGGAUGAAAGGCUUGGUCGGACUCGGGGGGACUCGAACCUACGACCUUGCGGGCGUUAGAAAUGAGUUUUACCAGCUGAGCUAUGCCGCCCGAAACUUCUUAAUUUUGGGAAAUAAAUUUCAGACGAGAACAUUUGCUUGCAACUACGAAGGACGACCUAGUGGCGUUGUUUUUGAUAUCAAACAAGGAAUUUGUUUAUAUGAUAUUCCUCAGAAGGUUCUCUCUUUUCUUUGAAAAUAAAAAAAUUGAUCGUUUCAGAGUUAUUUGUGGCAAUACCGAUUCCGAGAUUUACAAUCAUGCGCCGACGACGGUAAAUUAUGCGUGCAGAUGGCUUUUUUUGACGACCGAUCACUCAAUUCCGAUAAAAUUGAAGUCAAAGUUAGUUUCACUUCUAGAAUUCGAGACAACUUCUUAUCUUAGGAUAUCGAGUGCGAAGACGUUUCAACUGUUGUUUUUAACCUUCACUCUUUCAUUCUGGCCAAAGUUGUCGCAACUGAUCCUGAUUUCUUGAAAGUCAACCGCCUUGUGUCAACAGAUAUUUAA